AUGACUUUGGACUCUGAAUUUUCGGGCUUUUCUGGCCCUGAAAAGGGUGGAGUCGUGUCUGGCAACGGUUCAAUCAUUCCUGCACAACUCGUUGUGCUCAGCAGUGCAGUGGAUGAGCCUACUGGGGAUGUUGUCCUCGGUAGAGAAAUUCGUAAAUCUAGGGAGGUUACACUCGAGGAUUCUCCAGUUUUACCUAAAAGAGAACUGGUGCAGAAAGUCGCAACCAGAUUCCACGGGGAAGAUGAACGUUCUGGUGGACAAGCUCAGCAGGAGGAGGCAAGUUCUUUCAUCGACAUGGACUUUGGACACAGAAGUUUGUCGGGAUCUUUGGAAGACUGCCCUGACUUAUUCACUCGCCUGGGGCCAUACUGCUACUACUUUUCUGAUGAAGCACUGAACUGGCAUUCUGCAAGGGAGGCAUGUAAUAGUAAGGGCAAUGCCAACAUUGAAGUAGAUCUCGCUGUAUUUGACCUCUUCCCAGGAGAUUACAGCCUCCUAUUUCAUCAUGCUACUCUUCUGGGAAACGAUUCUUGGUGGAUUGGAGGAACAGAAGAGGGCCACCCAGGCUACUGGGUCUGGAUCGAUGGACGACCAGUCGACAUAGCCAAGACCUACUGGCGUCCAGAUGAACCUGACCUCUUUGACGACCAAAAUGUUCUGAUGAUCACAUAUCAGUCAAAUGAGAAAUACCCAAGGAGAAGGCUUGGUGACUGGAUCGCCGAACGUAACCAUAAGUACAUAUGUCAGUUAGGCGUCACAGGAGCCAUUUGA